ACUUGAAAUAAUUGCACUCUCAGUGAUCAGCAGCACAGGAAGGAGACGGAGAAGACAGUGUUUAAGCUUCAUAAGGCUGCUCUGUGAUUUGAUUUGGUGCUUGUGAGAAAAUUUAGGGUGAAAAUGUCAACAGCGUUGGAAGUGACUGGGUUCUUGCUAGGUGUUGCAUCUUGGUUGGUAACGGGUGCCUCUCUGGCCAACGACUACUGGAAAGUCUCAUCUUUCUCCGGUAGUGUCAUCAUUUCAAGCCGUCAGUACGAGAACCUGUGGCACGCAUGUGCUGAAUCCAGCUCCGGGAUCGCCGAGUGCAGAGAUUUCGAGUCCUUGCUGGACUUGCCAGGCUACCUCCAAGCAUGUCGGGCUCUGAUGAUCAUCGCCCUCCUCUUAGGCCUCUUCUCUAUGAUCUUGUCCAUCCUGGGCCUAAAGUGCAUUACAAUCGGGAGCGCAGGCGAUCAGGCAAAGGCUAAGAUGGCCACCACUGGUGGCAUCAUCUUUAUCCUGGCAGGUCUUUGUACGAUAACGGCCAUCUCAUGGUACGCUGCACGCAUUGUUCAAGACUUUAAAGACCCUUUCAGUGGAGGCAUUAAAUUUGAGCUGGGGGCGGGACUGUACAUGGGAUGGGGCGGAGCGUGUCUCUCCAUUCUGGGUGGAGCUCUUCUCUGCUGCGCCUGCAAAAGAGCAUCUUCAGGAAAAUCCAAGGGUGGAUACUACUCCAGCAGUCAUGCAGCGAAGAUCCACAAACCCGUGUCCGAUUCAGAGACGGCGAGGGCUUACGUUUAAACUUCAGAUUUUCUCUGCAUGUAGUGUUGUUACUUGGUUGUUCGUUUUAACUGACCCAUUUUUUCUACUUUUUUUUUAAAUAUUUGGCUAAUGAUUAAUGUGGAAUUUGAUUCAUUAAUGACAAAAGAAUGUUUUACGGAUGUUGGAUGUUAUGUAAUUUGAUUACUAUGAUUGAUCUGUAUUGUGUUCUGUGUUUUAAAAGGCUAAGGCUAGUUGUGUGGUAAGCAGAGUUUAUCUUGGGUUCAAUAAAGCUGAAUUGAAUGGACCAGA